GACGUCACUGGCUUGACAACAGGGACGCGCCCUUCGUGACGUAACUUCCGUCGGGACCGGCCGAGGUGUCCCCGCCACUGCUGCCAGCAAAACGCCGGGAUGGUGAACAACUGGAACCCCGGGCACGUCGUUGAGGGGGAGACCGAGAGCCCUCCUCGGUUAAUUGAGGAUUGCCUCUCCCCUUUGCCAACUACUCCAUCUAAGAAGACCUCUGCCACUAAACGCAAGCAGUACUAUAUAAAUCGUGCCAUCCGCAAUUCUGACCUGACGCCACGAGCCAAAGGACGCAAGAGUCUUCGUCGGCUGGAAAACAAUCGCUAUCUGCUGAGUUUGCUGGAGAGGGAUGAGUGUGUGUCUGAGGAGGGGGAGGCCUACCUAUGCGCUUCUCCCAGCAUAUUUACUGAAGCCUGUAAUAAUGAGACCUAUAUUAAGAUAUGGAAUGAUUUUAUGAAUCGUACUGGAGAAGAACAGGAGAAAGUGCUUCUUUAUCUGGAGCAAGAAGUGAAGGGACCUAGAGAGAGGGGUAGUAAGUCCAAAGAUAAGAGGACAGAGCAUCCCGCUUACACCGCUGAGGAGUGUUACCAGAGGAUUAGCCGCAGCCUGCGUUGCACUCUUAAAAGACGGCAGAUUCCAAUGGGUACCCUGGAGUGCUUGGAAGAGGAGAUGAUGUCCUUUUUCUCAGUCAGCCCUGAGUCUGUGUACAUUGCAAUGAUGGAAAACAGUUACCAGCGCCUCCUGUUGCACGCUGUGUGCCAGUACAUGGAUCUGGCCUCUGCCAGUUCCAACUCCCAUGGCAAACGUCUGAUGCGUGUGGUGAACAGGAAUGGCGAUUUCUGCCCACCAGAACUGCUCCUCUCCUCUUACCUCCAGAUGCGCUUCUGACCCUUGAUGAGACUUAAUGCAGGAAUUUAUCCAAUAGCAUGUUAAGUCUCUAUCUGCCAACAUCCCUGUUCUCUGUUGCUCUGCACAUUGUGUUAUUGCUUUACUGUGAUCUUUUAGUCUUGACUAUUAAUGCUUUAAGGUUAAUAAUGUUUAUGCAUUUUCUGCAUUAGGGUUGAUCUGUUCUAUACCAGUUGCAGGGUCCUGGCAGAGAGUUUACUUCUCCCAUCAGUUAUAUUGCAUCUGGUAGCGCACAGCUGAUCAAUAAUAUUUUGCAGAGUGAUAAAUGGCAGAUGAUCCAAAUUAUGGGCGAUAGUCAGUACUUGCCAGCACCAGUAGAUGGCGCCCAAGGGGCUAUUCAAGUGUUGCUUUGUUCGGGCACCCUGUUGUCGCCGGCAUUUCAGCUCACACCCUACCUCCUACACAGGGGGUGGGGAGCUGAAAUGAGCGAAAAAUUACCUGUUUGAUCGCUCAAACAGAACUUUUCGUAUCACGCCCAUUCGUUUGGUAAAGAAACAAUAGAAUAGAAUAUCUCCCCCAAAACCCCAGUCCCGAUCUCCCAUCAGUUUUAGGUGGGAGAUAGGGAGCGAUACACAAUUAAAUAUCACCCUAAGAGUGUGUUAUGUAUAAUUGUACAUAUAUGUGUUUGUAUAGCUGGCCACACAAGCAGGCCAACAGUGUCUCAAAGCCAAACUAUAUAAUGUGACUGAGACAUUCGGGGGCAGUGAAACCUUGCAGUCGCCUGGUAUAUUUUAGAGGUUUAUACAUUUUCAGGGUACACAUCCAUACAAUUAAAUGGGUGUCUACUUUUAGACAACACCUUCUGGAGAAGAAAAAAAUCUCUCCUCUUUUAGGAGCCCACCUGUAACAGCCACAAUCCAGCCUUGAGCUGGAUUGUGUGGCAGAUCUCUUACUUGCCCUAUUUGAUGUAAGCAAGGGUGCAUUUUAGUGAUUCGGAAUUGUCCAUUUUUUUAAUGCCUUCUACUUCUCUGUGUGCAAAAUGAAUAUCUGACACUUGAGCACAAGGAAAAAUUGGUGCUAUUCUUUAAGAAAUGAACUAGGGCAACAAUGUUGUGUAUGCCCUUUUAACCUUACCACAUUGUGGUAGCUUAGACCAUACUUCUUAUGUUAUAAUGGUGUCUUAUUACAGGGUAUAAAAUGGUACAAGCAUAAGGAUUGUCACUGUGCUAUCAGGUUGUCUGAGUCAUUACAUGACAUUGGGAAUUUACUUCCUGUGAUGAAGAUUGCAUGUAAACAGCUGUGGUGCUCAUUAAUGUGUACAUGUGGAGUGAGAACUAGUGUACAAUGUCACCUCUGUAAUAAAAGGAUACCUCACAA